GGAGGGAAAGCCUCCCGGUCCUGGUAGAAGUACCAGCAUACAGUAUGGUGUGGAGUGGGGCUACCGUGUGGGGAGCAGUGUGUGAAGGCGCCUAAUGAAGGGUGCGGGCUUGUUUUCUGCAGCAGAUUAAGCAUCAGGACAGGAAGGGCCAGGUUUAGGGAAACAGGAAACCUGAAGCAAGGAAAUGGGCCACGUCAGCAGCCUGCCCACUGCAGCCGAGCUAAAAGUCGAGUCCAGACCUGGCGCUGGUAUGGAGUCUUUGCUCAAGUCACCAAUGAAACUUGUACUUUUGACAGCAUGGCUCUCCAGUCUGAUGGACCCAUGCCGCCUCGCCAACAUUUGUGAUUCCUGUCACGAGCACGCGCGGUGCCGGCCCAUGAACGGAUCAAACGACGCCUGCUUCUGUAACGACGGAUACACUGGGGACGGAACCACGGCCUGCUACGAUGACGAUGAGUGUCAGAACGUCACCGACAUCUGUGGCGAAGGAGCAAUCUGCUACAACACUCCUGGCGCCUACUACUGCACAUGUAAAAGUGGGUACAACUCAACAGGAAAGGAACAGUUCCGAACCAACGACGGCACGAGAUGCACGGACGUGAACGAGUGCGGCUCGGCCCAACGCUGCGGCCUCAACGCGCGCUGCCACAACACCGCCGGCUCCUUCUACUGCACCUGCCAGCGCGAUUACGUCCCGAGCUCCGGCAGCAGGCGCUUCCACCCAGAGAGCGGUGCUGAAUGUAAAGAGGAUCCCCAAAAAUACUGCCACGAAAACACCGGAUGCCUCAAACAGACUGUCAACAAAACACUUGAAUAUAUGAGCAACCUCACGGAGCCUCAGGGUCUGUUGGCCGAAAUCGCCGAGCGGACGUCCGGCGACCUCAGCUCAGUGGAGGUCAUCGCGUACGUGGAGGCCGUGUGUCGGUCCGCGUCGACCCUGGCGGCGGCGGGAGAGGACGGCGCCGUCCAGCCGUCUGUCAUCAACGCAACGCUUUCAAAAUUAGUAACAGCGGUGAACAACUUGGUGGAGAAGGACGAGGCGGCGGCCUGGAGCAGAAUAGAAGAGCAGCGCCGGGAACAUACCAUUACCAAGCUGCUACACACUGUUGAGCAAAGUGCCCUGACAUUGGCUAACAACUACAAAACUCCAACUGAGCUUGAAAUCAAAGCUCCCGAAAUGGAAUUGAAAGUCUUCACCUUCGACGCUGGGCGCGUGAAGCCCAGCCUGUCUGUCAGCAUGGGCGGCGACCGCAUUAAUCUAACGGAGGCUCCGAGGCCGGAGCGGCACGGGAACGGGAGCGUGUCGGCGGUGUUCCUGCGCUACGGCGGCAUCAGCGACGUCCUGAAGCCCGGCCGCGACCCCGGCGUCACCGACUACUCGCGCUACGCGGGGACGGGCGACAUCGCCGUCGUCUCCCAGGUCGUGGCCGCGGCCGUGCAGCCGGCCGACGCCUUCCAGCUGGACCACGUCACCUUCACCCUGAGGCACAGCCAGCCCAUAGACACCGCAGCGGACGUGACAAAGUGCGCCUUCUGGAGGUACGACGCCGACAGCCUGCAGGGCCGCUGGGACACGCAGGGCUGCCGCCGCGUCCACGUCACCAGCGCCGCCACCACCUGCUCCUGCACUCAUCUCACGCACUUCGCCAUCCUCAUGUCCUCCGGGCGCGCCAACCUGGCGGCCCACUACACGGUGCUGACCCGCAUCACGCAGCUGGGCAUGAUCAUCUCCCUCAUCUGUCUGUCCAUGUGCAUCUUCACCUUCUGGUUCUUCAGCGAGAUCCAGAGCACCAGAACCACCAUCCACAAGAACCUGUGCUGCAGCCUCUUCAUGGCCGAGUUCAUCUUCCUGGUGGGGAUCAACAUGAACACGCAUAAGCUCUUCUGCUCCGUCAUAGCCGGGCUGCUGCACUACUUCUUCCUGGCGGCCUUCGCCUGGAUGUGCAUCGAGGGCAUCCACCUGUACCUCAUAGUGGUGGGCGUCAUCUACAACAAAGGCUUCCUGCACCGUAACUUCUACAUCUUCGGCUAUGGAAGCCCGGCGGUGGUGGUGACCAUCUCGGCCACGCUGGGCUCCAAGUACUACGGCACCGACAAAGCAUGCUGGUUGAGCACAGAGAACCACUUCAUAUGGAGCUUCAUCGGGCCGGCGUGCCUCAUCAUCCUGGUUAAUCUCUUGGCUUUCGGAGUAAUCAUCUACAAAGUGUAUCGGCACACUGCUGUGAAAAAGCCCGAAAUCAGCCACUAUGAAAACAUCAGGUCGUGUGCACGCGGAGCCCUGGCUCUGCUGUUCGUGCUGGGAGCCACCUGGACCUUUGGAGUGCUGCACAUCCUGCACGAGACCACCCUCACCGCCUAUUUGUUCACCCUCAGCAACGCCUUCCAGGGCAUGUUCAUCUUCAUCUUUCUCUGUGUGCUGUCCAGGAAGAUCCAGGAGGAGUACUACAGGCUUUUCAGGAACGUGCCGUGCUGUUUUGAAUGCCUGCGAUGAAUUACUGACAUCAAAGCCCUAUCAGCUGCACUUGUACAGUAACACUCAAUGCUACUAGUUGGCAACAUCAUCAAAUCUGAACAAUGAAGAUAAAAUCCUUCAUAAGUCAUUUUACUUUAUACGCAGCAGAUAUGUGUAAAACAAAACAUCCAUAUGUUACUCAGAAAGUCAUUAAUCUGAGAGUAAUACUGGAAACUUUGUUCCCUUUCAUUUUAAUUGAAUACCUUUUCAUUAUCAGAAUCAUACAACGGGCUUUUUUCUUGUGUUUGUAAAUUAUUAAAAUGAAUGUGGCAAAUCUGA